AUGAAAAGAAUAAAUGGAGUUCCCAGCGCUUCAUACACCGAGAGAAUUAAAGACAUAGUGCCGCAGAUCAGAAAAUACGCAGCAGCGCGCAUUGGAGGGGGUGAAACCAUCAGAUGUCUGCGGGACACUCUUAAGGAGGUCGGACUGAAGUGGAAAAAGCAGAACGUCCCGUACAAGCACCAGAAAGUUCUGCGGGAGCGAGAAAAAAAGCACGCAAUAGAGGAGAGAGACAACUUGCGGGACCAGGGAAUAAUGAUAAAAAGAAAGCGGCUAAGCAAAAAGGAAGAGCUUCGAAGAAAGAGAAAGCAUGUGUAA